AGAGAGCGAGAGAGAGAGAGAGAGAGAGAGAGAGAGAGAGAGAGAGAGAGAGAGAGAGAAGUUAAAGUGAAGGCAAACUUUACAGCAGGGAUUGUGACGCAGUGGUGCAGAUCAAGCUUUUUUGAAUUGAAGUGAAGUGAAGAGAAGAGAGAGAGAGAGAGAGAGAGAUGGGGAGCGCGCGGGACAGCGCACAGCGUGCACACCGAGUGAGGCGAAGUGAAGCGCGUGCUGCCGUUCUUCUUUCCUUCUUUUGAUUUUUUUUUCUUCUCUCUUUCAUUUUUUCCCCUUUUCUCACAAAGUUCGGUCUCGGGCUCGAGCCGCAGUGACGCAAUCCCCGUUCCAGCGCGCGCCGUUUCUGGCUUCUCCGCCUGUGACGCACGAUGGGUGCCAUGUUUCAUUUCCUACUUCACUGAUUUAUAUGAGCCGCUGUGUGUUUGUGUGAAUGCGGGCCGCCAUGUCGCAGUUGCUGCACAUGGAGAUCCCCAACUUCGGCAGCGCGGUGCUGGUGUCGCUGAACGAGCAGCGCCUGCAGGGUCUGUACUGUGACGUGUCCAUCGUUGUGAAGGGGCAGGCCUUCAGGGCGCACCGCGCCGUCCUGGCCGCCAGCAGUCUCUACUUCCGUGACCUGUUCAGUGGCAGCGCCAAGUCCGAAUUCGAGCUGCCUUCUUCCGUCACUCCGGCCUGCUUCCAGCAAAUUCUGUCCUUCUGCUACACGGGGAAGCUGACGAUGGCAGCCAGCGAGCAGCUGGUGGUCAUGUACACGGCCGGGUAUCUUCAGAUCCAGCACAUCGUUGAAAGAGGCAUGGAGCUCAUGUUCAAGGCUAACUCGCCUCACUGUGACUCGGCCACUGCUGCCACAGACGAGACCGGCUCGGAGCCUCAGAGCCCCAACAACAACAACAGCGCAAACAACAGCACAGCAGUGGCGGUGGCAGCGGCGGCCAUGUUGGCUCCUCCCAGCUGGUCACCUUCAGUCCGCAGGGUGAAGACGGAAGGCAGCGAGACGCCGCUAAGCCUCCUGGGAGGAGCCAAAAGGAGUUCUGGGGUGAGAGGAAACUCAUUCUUCUUCCCCGGGGUGCCGGGAAUGUACCCCGUCAUGCCUGGAGAACGUUCCAGCCCCGGAGCGUCCAGCCUGCCCACCACAGACAGCCCCACGUCUUAUCAGAACGAGGACGAAGAGUUUGACGAGGAGAACUACGACGGCAUCAGCGAGGACGCAUUCGCACAGAUGUACAGCCGCACCGCAAAUCCUUACGCAAUGACAGAUAAACCCGAGCUGGUUCCUGUGCCUCUGGAAAGUCGUCCUUGUGUCCUGCUACGCCGUGAUUUGGUGGCUCUGCCCGCUAGCCUUAUUAGUCAGAUCGGCUACCGCUGUCACCCCAAACUCUACACGGAAGGUGACCCUGGCGAAAAGCUCGAGCUAGUUGCAGGUACGGGAGUGUUCAUGACCAGAGGACAGCUGAUGAACUGCCACUUGUGUGCCGGCAUUAAACACAAGGUCUUGUUGAGGCGACUGCUCGCUACUUUCUUUGACAGAAACACUCUGGCGAACAGCUGUGGGACUGGAAUCCGUUCCUCGACCAGCGACCCGAGCAGAAAGCCUCUGGAUAGUCGAGUUCUAAACGCUGUGAAACUCUACUGUCAAAAAUUUGCUCCCAACUUCAAAGAGAGUGAGAUGAACGUUAUCGCCGCCGACAUGUGCACCAACGCACGUCGUGUCCGGAAACGAUGGCUGCCCAAGAUCAAGUCCAUGCUGCCCGAAGGCAUCGACAUGUACCGUGGAUCAGGGGCGGGGCUUAAUCUGAGCGUUCCAUUGACCUUUGACCCAGACUUCAAGCAGCUGCCACUCUUCGUUGAGCGUAAGGAUGCUGUAAGAACUCAGCAGCCACUGGAUAGUGAGAGUGCAGAGCUCAUGGAGGGCCAGGUGGAGGAGGAAGAGGAGGAUGAAGGAGCCAUGGUCGAGGGAGUGGAGGAUACUUUAGGUGCCAGUUCUCUUCUUCUUGGGGUGGAUGGCAGAGUUCAGGGUCGUCCGGCGCAUGACGGACAGGAGGAGCAGGAGUUUGCGGAAGGGCUGAGGAUAAACGGGCAGUGAAAAUCCACUGGGGUUUUAACAGAAGGACCCAGCUUGUGUAUCAGUACUGUGUUUAUUGCAUCCUUAACAAUUCCCCCUGGACUGAAUGUAGCCUUUGGAUACUUUAUCAGCCUGAGUGAUGUUUGUAAGAUGACCUCGUGAAUCUGAUUGGUUUUUUAUAAACGAGAAAAAGAAGAGAAUGAAAUAAGACUGACAGUCACAGGGGCCACGCCUCCUUGACCAGGCCUGACACCGGACACGCCUCUUUUACUGAGACUGACAGACAGAUAGGCCACGCCUUUUUUUCUGAGACUGACAAUCACGAUAAAAGAGGCGUUGCCUCAGACUUUUCUUUUAAUCCCGAGGUCCAGUUUUGUGGAACCUGCCCUUCAGAACACACUACAGCUGUGAGGUUUUCAGUCAGUCCGGUUCUGAAACACGCUACGCUAACAGGUGCAGCAGGGCAUGCUGGGUAGGGCAGGCUUAACCGACAAACACAGGCAUCGCUUAUAUACAGUAAGUAGAAAAGAAAGAUUUUGCACUCUUGCUGAAUUCAAGCACUUCUUCUAACACCGAUCUUUGUAGUGGACGUCGUUCGUGAAGCUCUGACGAAGCCACGCGAGACCUGAAAGUGCCUCAGUGACCUUCCUCUGGAAACAUUUCUUUUUGCUAUACACUGAAUGUUCUGUAUUUUCCAGGAAAACUAAACCUCCCACCAAAAUGAAAGCGAUACAUUACUCUAUCUUCCGUUGGGAAAACACUGUGCAUGUGAACGAAAGCUCGGACUCUUUCUGGAUCUCGCUCCAAGAUACUAAAAUAAGGUUUUAAAGGGAUUCUCUGGCAUCUUUUAGUCUGAUCUCCAUCCACUGCAUCAGAGGUUUGUUCUCUGUUUAUGAAUUUAUACGCAAUUCCUUAAAUCACACUUAUUAUACAGGUCUAAGUAGAAUUAUAUUGAGUUUCACUUUCCCACCUUGGAGCAGUUCUGUAAAAUUAGUUCCGUUUACUUUAAAAGUUCCAGGUUGUUUUCUGGUAUCCCUACGCCAUCAGAGAAAGUAGUUCCAUGCUGGAAAGGAUGAAGUACACGGCGACCAAACGGGAAUAAAAUUCAACCCGACAAGAUGAGAAAUCACUGAAGAGGUAAUAGGCGAGUAACGAGAAAGACGUGUAUUUGAGAGUUGCUUUCACGUCAUUCGUGACUUUAUUGACCAAUCACAGCUCAGUCUUGUAAGCCAAUAGAAAAGUAGUUCGCAUUUCUGUCUUGAUUGAAAGGUUCUUCAAUAAUAAAAGCGUAGGAUCAGAUCAAAUAUUUAAUAUUCGCUAAAUUUAAUCAGCAAAUAUUAGAUAUUUUUCCAGUACUUAUUCAUCAUAUAUACUUUAAUUUCCACUAAUAUCAGUAAUAACAGCCUGAUUUAUGAUUUACAAAUGUCAGCUUUUCUGCAAAAGAGCUUUCAUCGUCCACAACUUCUGAUUAAACCGAUUAAACCGGUCUUCCUGAUGCUCACUGACACACUGUGGAUGUGAUGUGGAGAUUUUAGAGGAGAUGAACGUCAGAGUCUCCCUUUAAUAACCGGAGCAAUGCCUGUGUUUGUUAAAAAACAACCUCGGCUGUCGUUCACGAUAAAACUGAAAGAAAAAAGAGCUCGUGCUGCGGACGUACAGUGACAUGCUGGAGCGUUUAAAGCCGGGACACUUGCAUGCAAAAUGAAAAUAAUACACAGAACCACGGUAAAGGAAAAUACGGACUGUUCUACUAUUCGUUUUUUUAUUUGUCUUAUUUCCCUCCGACAUCCGGAAGGUCUCGAGUUGAGUCGGAUUUUCACUGUGAGGGUCAGAAGAAAACUUUUUUUUUUGCUUAUGAUUCUCUACUGUAAAUUAUUUAAUAUGAGACUGAUAUCAUUUUUAUCAUUUUUGCUGGCUUUUCUUUUCUAUUUGCACUUGAACCGAGGGAACUGAUGGAGAAAACUAAGUGACUCGAGCUCAUCGGCCUUUCUGUUCUCCCUCGCAACCGAUUUAAAAAUCCGACGAAGAAAUUUCAGUGAAAUUUCAACACUACGAGCUCGGACACUGUUUCUUUUGGUGUGUGUGUUUGUGUGUUUGUUUUUUUAUGUUUCUUUUCAUAUUCACAAAGCAGAAUCUAUAGCAAACCUACAGCAGCAGCCUCAGAAGUGCGCUCCUCCUCUUCAGCGCGUGUGUGUGUGUGUGUGUGUGUGUGUGUGUGUGUGUGUGUGUGUGUGUGUGUGUGUGUGUGUGUGUGUACAUGAUGCUCAAUUUCCUGCAGAGUGUUUGAUUUUGCAGCACGUUUCUCCUGAAACAGUGUGUGAGAUGACUGCACACUCUCUGGAUUUUUCCCAGGACACAGGAACGAAGAAAUCAUGAAGUAGUUUUUUUUGCUUUUAAAACAUCAUGAGUAAGAAGGGGAAGAGUGUUACGUCGUUGUGGUUUGAAAGCCAGAAUCUAGUUUUCUCAAAGUCAGAAUCUUUAGGUUUGUUAUAUUUGCUUUUGAGGAGUAUAUUGGGCAGAGAUCAGAUGCACACAGAAUGUCCAGUUGAUCAGUCAGGGAUGUUCUCUUCUGGACUGGAGCUACGUGGCUAAUAACAAGUUAUGCAAAUCUUUUUCAUCCAAAAUGAAAAACAAAACGAUGCCAAGGUCUUACAUUAAUUCCAGUUUUUAAUUCUAGUACAGAUUUCUAACUCAGCAUUAUAAUUUGUCGCUAGCCGGAUUGUUAGCAUCGUUAGCAUGCUACGUACUAAUCACGAUCUACUACUUCUGAUGUAACAUCAGGACUCGAUGAGGCUCUUCGAAUCAAUGAAUUUGAAUGAUUCUGUGAAUCCUGUGACUCUUGCUUAGCCUUUUGUAAACCCACAUCAGUUUAGAAAGAAAAAGCAAGAAGUUAUAAGGAGAUAAAGAAUGUUUUCCAUGUAGGUCAUCAGGCGUUAGACUUGCUUUUAACUCCUCAGAAUCAGAUUUAUUGGCCAAGUGUGUUUACACACACAAGGAAUUUGGUUCGUUGGACAUUUAAACAUGUAUGUAUAUAUCCUGUCUUAUUGCUUUGUGUACAUAAUAACAUCAACGUCUGGUGGUUAGAAAGUUUGGGAAACAACACAAGCAGGCUGGGUGACCGUGUUCAAGGGAAAUAAACUCAAGACCAGAUUCAUUUAUUAGACUUUUAUUUCACACCAGUGCUGAAUUUUUCUCAUUUUUUAACAUAUACAUAAUCAGAAACUGCUCACCUUCUACCAUUUUAAUUAUAUGCACGAUGUAAAAUCAGAGAACGUGGUCAAACACUGCGUUUUGGCUCUGCACCGCCCCCUAGUGUUGGUUUUGUGAGCAGUGACGUUUAAAAUAACUAUGAAGUCAUGAACAAUUGGGACAAAUCAUCACUGAAUCCGGAGAUAACUCCCCUCAGUAUUAAUGGAUGAAUUAUGAAUCAUUGCUAUAUUUAAGCGAUGGGAAUUCCUGGUCUUUUCACGACGUCGGUUCGUUCAAUGAGCCGAUUCAUUCGGCUCUCAAAGAACUCGUUGACUCAUCGUUAUGUCCUAUUUAAAACAAUCUGGUAAAGAACCGUUUUUAGAGUCCAUUCUUUUGGAUGACUUGUGAAUCAUCGACUCUUUUAGCUUCCAAACAGAUGUGGUGUCCCGCUAUAUAGUGUCCUAAACCACAACCUGUAGGACACUGAAGGAUGUGGGUUCGAGAUGGAUAUUUAUGCAAAAUAUCAGCCAUGUAGCUCCAGAUAUCAGAAACUUCAGAGAUCAGGAUUCCUCUGAUGAUCAGCUACAUUUGGGGUAAAAGCGUAAAGAGUCAAUUUCCUCAAAUUGAAUUAGUCGUCCCAUUGUCUGUCUGUGUUUCUGUUGUAAAGCCAAAAGCAAGUUUAGUGUUUCUAAUGAAUGCAUCGUGACUCCUAAUGCUGUAGAUAACGACGUGUAUAGGACGAGAAUUAGUGCCUUAAUGAGAACAUCAGCAUGACAGACAGAAAAACUUCUUCAGUGGAGAUGAGAUCAUUUCAGAGAUCCUGUUUUUCUUUUUUUGUUGUUGUUGUUUUGUAAACUGGAGCUACUUAAACAUACCUGAGGAUUCUGACAGUAGGAGCGCAUCUCUGGUGCACGUUUGGGGCAUCAAUGAUUCUUACAAUAGCUUUAUGUACAGUUCAGGCCUCCAGUUUGAGAGGUGAAACUCUGUGACCCUUCAUUUAUUACGUGUGAAAUUUUCAACCCGCUAAACGAACUCGACGUAAAACGGCGUUCUGUAAAACCCAUCAGAUCCGUCACUCUUAUAGGAAGCGUAUUUAAUCCUGCCGUCCUUUUGGUUUAUCUCUUUUUAUAAGUCACGUCAUGACCCGUAAAUAAUUCUGAUUGUUUUCUUGUUAUUUCUCACAUCUGCACCUACCUGCAAGUUCCUAAAAGGUAUCUUUCGUUUAUUUUUCUAACACAUAUUAGGCUUUAAAUGUCUGUAAACCGUUGCACUAGAUGCUGAGAUAAACUCAGAAGAAUGUUGAUCGCUAGACCUAGCGGUGGGAAAGCGCUGAUCGUGGUAGCGUAACGCUGUCUGCUGUGGAGCGACAGGAUAAUUUAUGUGUCUGUGUGUGUGUGUUUUUUUUAACAUUGUAGAUGCUACUUCCAUCAUUAAGACUUUAAGUCUCUAAAUUUUGGCACUAACGGCUGAUUGCUUUUGCACAAACUGCGAAAGAGAUGUUGGCUUUUUUCCCUGAGAAGUGUGAGACGUGUCCACAGGACAAACGAUGAGUUUUAAAGUCUGAUUACAUGACCAUUUGGAGUUGUUCUGUAUUUGUAUCCCACUGUCUGUUUAUUAAUCAUCUUGAGAAUUCAGUCAGACUAAUUUGACUCACUUAUAAUAAGAGUCGGUUCUUUUGGCUCUCAAAGGAACCGACCUGCAAUGAACCGACUGUUAUAGAUGAACUCUUGGGAAUCGACUCUCAGAAGCGAUUCAUAAAUCAUUUGUGUACCAAAAAAAGAUCUGAUUCUUUCAGAAUGGUAACGAGCACAUUGGGAGAUCAAAAAGAGUUGACUCUUACAUUACUGAAUCAUGAAUCAGGUGUGUGAGAAUUCCUUCCCUCUCAGUGAGUCGGAUCAUUUAACUCAUUUGGCUCAUCGAUACGUUUGGUAGUUUUUCUAUUUUAGUAAAUGAUGGCAUAGGUGAUGCAGGUCACCUGUUUUCAUUCUAUUGUUAAUCAUGACCACGGCCGAAGAAGACGCACAAGCACCGUUUGGACAGACAAAUUCGAAUGAGUCUAGCUCCGGUGUUGGACAGAGCUUUUCCAGACAUUAAUUUAAUCACACAGUGAAGGUGUUAGCAUUGACUACAAAAAAUAGAAUUAAAUAAGUCUCACAUUGAGUUUUACAAUCGGAUCUCGAACAGAUCUGCCUUUGUUUUAGUCGUCUAUUGUGUUGGAAAACAGUGAUUCGUGAAUCAUUUGUAUGCUUCAUGAGUCAUAACUGUUCAGUGUUGAAUAAAGCAGGCAUUUCUUAAGAAAAAUGUAUUUUUAAAUCAAUUGUUUUAAAUAGAAAAACAAUAAUAAUAAUAAAAGACUCUGGAGCUGUAAAACAUUUGCACACCUGGACCGUAUAUUUAAGAAGAAAAAAAAAAUUCUCAAUCUGUUUGUUAGUCUGAAUUAUGAUGAUAUUGAAUAUAUUAGUUUUAUGAGAUAAAGAAAACCUGCAAUAGUUCGAUAACGAUGUCGAGAAGUUUCCGGAACAGUGGAUCUGUUUAAAUGUGCUGAGGUUUUUACAUCAGGAUCGCUAACUAGUAAAACUGGGAUCUUUUCUUUUCAUAUACAAGCAAUAUUCCAAUAAUUAGUCGAUUUCGUGUAACCCAUGAUUGAAAAUCGGUUUCAGUUCAUUGAUGACCUUUGACCCUUGUCCCAGUAUGAGAACCGAAUUGUGCGUGUGUGUGAGUCCGUGUUCUUAGUAUAAAUAAUUAAUGCCAGCACUUUAUCAUUUGUUCUGAACGUUGGGGAACGUUUAAAAAAAAAGAAAAGAAAAAAAAAGAAAAGCCAUGUGCUGAGAGCGCAGACAAUCAAACGAACAAACGUGCACUAAUUUUUACAUUUUGUUGGCUCUUCUGCAAACCUUUCGCUGCUUAGCUUCAGCUUUUACAGGUGAUUCUAUCUCUCUCUCUAUGAUCUUUCUCUCUCCCUCUCUUUCUUUCUCUCUCUAUCUCCCUCUCUCUCUCUCUCUCUCUCUCUCUCUCUGUCUUCUGGGGAUCUAUGAUUAGAGGUCCAGCUGGUCCUAGGAGGCAGAACAUCUCUGGAAUACCUUUUACUCUACACAGAUGACUGAAUUCUGUAAACAGCAACGUUUCUGUCUAAUACAACAACACCACAGAACUGGGAUAAAGACUCACGCUUCAGAAACAGAUGUUUACGCCUUUUAAAGACUCAGAUUUAAUGAGAAAUUUCCGUUCGAAAUCGAUUCCUCCGUCAGAACGGUGUUUGACUCACUGAUUUAUUUACAAAUGCAAUACUGAAAUGUUUGCUUUCUAAUAAAAUUCCUUAUUCCACCAAA